AUGUCCUUUUUCCUCGUAUUUUUUCUGGGAGUAAUUAGCACAAUAUCAAUGCUCAAAAUCGUCAAAUGUUCGCAGUACUUAUCGCUCUUGGAUGAAAACACGUACCUGGACUACGGUGAUAUGGCCGAAUCGGCAUUUGGGCACAGUGUCUAUCCAGUGCUUGUUCGACACAAAUGCAAGGCCAAGUUCAUAUUUCGUGAAUGUUGCCUUUUAGCGUUCCAAGUCGGCGUUGCUAGUGUGGCCUACGUUUUCGUAGUUGAACAUAUUCAGGAGAUCCUGCAACAUUUCAAUGUUGGUACUAACCUGAGUGUCAAGGAACUACUUCUCGCCUCUUAUACAAUUCCAACAAUAUUUGAUCAAUUUUGUUCGAUCGAUACGCGCAGUGACGAUUGUGAGCUUUUUGUAGCCGAACAUCAAUGGCAAGAUCUUCCGUGGGUUACCAGUUUUGAUGGCGUUGUAGCGGCGGCUGGCUCUUUGCUCUAUUCAUUUGAAGGACAAGCUAUGGUUCUUCCGUUAGAGAACAAACUGAAACAUCCUCAAGAUAUGCUUGGAUGGACAGGCGUGCUUUCUACAGGUAUGAGCUUGGUGACAAUUAUUUACACCUAUUGUGGUUUCUACGGAUAUAUCACAUUUGGAAACGCAGUACAAGGCAGUGUGACCCUGAACUUGCCGGACACCACGUGA